GGAGGGGGGGGGCAACGAGACAGUGACAGACCAGACUCUAGGGAGGAGGGAGAUGGCAGAGACCGAGGCGUACUACCGAACCAAGAAGGUGGUAUGGGGCGUCCAGCCCGAGCCUGUGGUCAUUGUCCUGCAGGGCGAGAAUGGCCCAUGCCCGCUCCUUGCUCUGGUCAAUGUCCUUUGUCUCCGUGGUCACCUUGUUCUCUCUCCAGACGGCACGGGCAUCGUCUCCUUUGCUGAUCUCGUCACUCUGCUGGCAACUGCUGUUCUGGAUCGGGUUGCUGCUCGCCGACUUGCUGGUCAUGAUGGGGAUGAUGCUCGGGUCCAGAAGCUGGUGGAUGAGGCCAUCGACUCGCUGCCGACGCUCGCUGUCGGUCUCGAUGUCAAUCUCCGCUUUGGUGGUGUUGAUCAGCAUGAGUACACCGCUAACUUGGUUUUGUUUGAUCUUUUUGGCGUCGAGCUGGUCCAUGGCUGGGUGGUAGAUCCGCAGGACGAUGCCACUCGUGCUGUUGUUGCCCAUCGCUCCUACAAUCAGCUCGUCGACCUCAUCGUUGGUGCGGCGCCCGUCCCUGUGUCGACUGCAGCGGGGGAGUCGGGCCACGGUGGAGAAGCUGUGGUCGCUGACUCGGGUGACGGUGGGGCAGAUGCCGCGGGGGAGUCGGGCCACGGUGGAGAAGCUGUGGUCGCUGACUCGGGUGACGGUGGGGCAGAUGCCGCGGGGGAGUCGGGCCACGGUGGAGAAGCUGUGGUCGCUGACUCGGGUGACGGUGGGGCAGAUGCCGCGGGGGAGUCGGGCCAUGGUGGAGCAGACACUGCGACUGACCCGGGCCACGGUGGAAACGCUGCGGCCGCUGACCCGGGCCACGGUGGAGACGCUGCGACCGCUGACUCGAGCCAUGAUAGUUCGCAUUCCGCCGACUCUGGUGGUGAGGGAACAAUCUCCAUCUCCACGCCUGACGCGCGCGCCGAACCGUCUGCGGCUGACGCGGGCGAUGGCAACCAAGAUGCUGCUGGGUCAGGCGAUACAGACGCCGCAAGCAAGGCGGGCUUGGAGCGCGCAGUGGCUCAAGAGUGGUUGGCUAGCACUGCAGGCCAGCUGACGUACUACGGGCUCGCCGAGCUUCAUCGCCACCUUGGCAUCAACUCGCUGGCGGUCCUCUACCGUAACAACCACUUUUCCACCAUCCUCCGCGACGAGUCGGGCCUCUACGCCCUGAUCACCGACGUCGGCUACGCCGACUACGACGAUGUGGUGUGGGAGAAGCUCGCGUCGAUCGACGGCGACGACGGGUUCUACACCGGUGCGCUCCGUCCGUACGGCGCCAGUGCGGCUCCCGCCGCGCCAGUCCCUGCAGUGCACGAUGCCGAUCUCCUCCUCGCCCGCCAGCUGCAAGCCGAGGAAGAACGCAACGCGCGCGCGCAUGACGCGCGCGACCGCCGCCACGACGACGCCCGUCGCAGGCAGCAGGCACGUGCCCGGCAGUCGCAACCGGCUCAGCCGCAGCCUCCCCAGUCGCAGCCACAGCCGCCCUCACCCGCCGCCGGCACACAGAAAGCCAAGAAGGGAUGUACCAUGAUGUAA